AUGUCGAGUUUCAUGGCUGCUGCAAAUGUAAAUUCAAAUUCAAAUCCAAAUCCAAACAAGUCCUUUGAGGUCGCUCAACCUCCAAACGACUCCAUAUCAAGCCUAAGUUUCAGUCCCAAAAGCAACAUUCUGGUCGCCACCUCCUGGGACAACCAGGUUUUGUGCUCAACUUGGAAAGAGGAUGGAACGACUGUAUUCUCUGGAGGUUGUGACAAGCAAGUUAAGAUGUGGCCUUUGGGUGGCCAGCCAGUAACUGUUGCCAUGCAUGAUGCACCCAUUAAAGAGAUUGCUUGGAUCCCUGAGAUGAGCCUCUUAGUCACAGGAAGCUGGGACAAGACUAUGAAGUAUUGGGACGUGAGGCAACCAAAUCCAGUGCAUACCCAACAACUACCUGAGCGCUGUUAUGCUCUAUCAGUGAGAUACCCUCUAAUGGUUGUUGGCACAGCAGACAGAAAUCUGAUUGUUUUUAACUUGCAGAACCCACAGACUGAAUUCAAGAGAAUUCUUUCGCCCCUCAAGUAUCAAACAAGGUGUGUUGCUGCGUUUCCUGAUCAGCAAGGAUUCUUGGUUGGCUCCAUUGAAGGGAGGGUUGGCGUACAUCAUCUGGAUGAACAACAACAAAAUAAAAACUUUACCUUUAAGUGCCAUAGAGAGGGCAGCGAGAUAUACUCAGUCAACUCUCUGAACUUCCAUCCAGUGCAUCACACAUUUGCUACUGCUGGUUCUGAUGGUUCUUUCAAUUUUUGGGAUAAGGAUAGCAAACAGAGACUAAAGGCAAUGUCAAGGUGCAAUCAACCUAUACCUUGCAGUACAUUCAACAAUGAUGGUUCCAUAUUUGCAUAUGCGGUUUGCUAUGAUUGGAGCAAGGGUGCUGAAAAUCAUAAUCCAGCUACCGCAAAGAACUACAUUUUCCUCCACGUGCCACAGGAAGCUGAGGUUAAGAGCAAACCACGAGUCAACACUGGUGGAAAAAGGUGA